AUGGGAUGGGAUCAGCUUGGCGUCCAUGGAGGAGGAGGCUCAGGGGGAGGCCAUGGCCACGGACGGCUGGAGCGCGGCCUGCCAGCGCGCAGAACUCUCGAGAACAGCAACGAGCCGCUGCAGCUAACUAUGGCGACGCUGAAGAGGUCUGAGGAGGGCUGCAACGGCGUGGGCGUGGCCGGCGGGCCGCCAGGUCGCGGUGGGUCACCGACCGCACCCUCCGAGGUCACGGCCGGCGCGGUGGCACCGCUCUGCAGCACGACCUCAGUGACGAGCUCAGCUACCCUUCCGGUCCGCUUUGUGGUGGAGUUCAUCGACCUGCCGCCAGAUGUCAGGAGCGGCGGGCGGCGUCGCAUCGAGGAUUACGCCAUAAUCCCGUCGUCGACGAAAUUCAGCGACAUAACAGCCACCGUGCUGCAAAAGUGCGGCCUGGAGCACGUCAACCUGCCGGAGAGUACGGCGUACCUGUCACUGCGCAACUGGAAGCCACUGACGCUGGACCAGGUGAGCGGCAGCGAGGCGCACACUGUGCACGACAUCCUCAGUGACGUGGUGGCGGCGGCCACGCUGCACGUGUGCUGCCGCCUGACACCGACGGGGCGCCAGGCGGCUGACGUCAAAGACCGCCUGCUGCGCCUGCUGGUCAGCCAUGGCAGCGGCAUCCUCACAGCCGCCGGCUGCCCCCUGGACGAGGGCACGCUGGAGCGGCUGACGUCCGAGACGCUCCCGAAUCUGUCACCCGAGGCGGUGCAGCGCUUCAACCAGUGGUACAACGGACAGAAGCUGGGGCGCAGCCAGCCGGCUGAGCCACGCGACAGGCCCGAAAUAAACAGCUCGUGUCAGGCUGCCCACGACCACUUCCAUCAGUGCAGCAAGCCCCGCGUCCGAACCAGCUUCGACAUGGAGUACGAGAUCCCCAAGCUGCAGCGGUGGUACUCAAUCAACCCGCACCCGAAUAAAAUGCAGAUGCAGUACUUCAUGGAGGAGCUGAACGUGUACCGAGGCGGCCGCAACCGCAAGCCGCUGGAGAUCAACAACAUCGUCUACUGGUUCAAGAACUCGCGCGCGGCGCAGAAAAAGUUCGAGCAGCGCGCGCAGAGCGGGCUGGCGGGCCCUGGCCCGGAGCCCAGCGACGACUCGCUCUCGGCCUCGGAGGAGCCCGACGGCGACGAUCUGCGCGUCACCUGCUCGGACGCCACGCUGGACGAGGUGAAGACGGAGGCGGAUGGCUCGGAUGCCGAGGCCGAACGGCGCGACUCGGGCGCCAGCUGCUCGCCGCAGGGGCACGGCUACGGCGCGCCGGCCACGCUCCCUUCGCCCUACAUGGGUCACAUGACGUCGGCGCACUUCGAGCGCAUCGGCUACGGUGUGGACCCGUCCGUGUUCCGCCAGUCGAUGUCCAUGUACAUGUCGAGCUGCCUGCCCGGCCUGCAGGGCGUCGGCUACCCGGCCGUGCCGCUGUCGGCCGAACAUCAGCGCAAGCGCAAUCGCACCUUCAUCGACCCCAUCAGCGAGGUGCCCAUGCUGGAGAAGUGGUUUAGCCUCAACACACACCCGUGCCACACCACCAUAUUGCAGUACACCGAGGAGCUGAACCGGCAGCCGUACCGGCACAAGUUCCCCAAGCUCGAGCCCAAGAACGUGCAGUUCUGGUUCAAGAACCGCCGCGCCAAAAACAAGCGGCUGCGCUCGGCUAUGUGAGCGUCUGCCGUGUGAGUCCGUGUCGUGUGAGUCCGCCGCGCUCGCCGCGUGUGAGCGCCGCCGCCCCAGUCAUGUGAACGUCGCCAGCCGCGCUCGCUACAC